CGUGUUCGACCUUUGAGUUACUACUUCCUGUCUGGGUGGAACAGCGUUCGACCGGAGUCUAUUUGAGCUGUAUUACUGAAAGCUAACAUGUUUUCAGUGAAGCUCUGUGCGCCAUCUGGUCUGUUAUCACGGUGUGCUUGCCCUGUGUUUACCUGCACAGGUUACCAGACAGCGUUGGCACUCAGCGCACGACUCGGCCAGGCUUCGCUGCUCCACACUCACACCGCUCAGCUGAACUCCAACAGGACGUCCGUGGUGCGCUGCGGUCGCCCGAAGUAUGAGAGACUGUACCCCGUGAUGUUGGUUCGUCCUGAUGGAGCUACAAUCAACAUCAGAUACAAAGAACCCAGACGCAUACUCACGAUGCCAGUCAAUCUGGCCACUCUGUCUGAAGAGGAACGUCGAGCUCGACAGAAAAGGAGAACAGUGAAGAAGACCAUAACACAGACAGUGGACCACUAUGAAGAUGACUUCAAAGCGGACAAAUACAGCCACUUAUGGAAGAAGAAAUAACUUCUUUAUAAAUUAAUGUGUUAUGUUUUGGCUCUGUGUUCAAGAAAGAACUCUGCUGCCACAAAUUUUGUUGCUGUGUUCUAAUUAAAGUAAACUGAAUUGAAACAUUG